AUGGAUUUAAAAUAUGACGGACUUUACCGUUCUUGGACGUUUUUAACGACAAACUUAGUUGUAAACAAGAAUGCGAUCCCAUUAGCGGAAUUCGCGAUAAGCCAUUUUAUUGCUCUCGAGGAGCGGGUUGAAAAGGUCGCAGUUGAUUUUAAGUAUAGAAACGAUCAAUUCACGCCACCACCUCAAAUGUCUUUCCUGCGAGAAUUUCCGGACACACCACAGAUGAAAA